UUGAGGUCCACGGCCAAGCAGGUCCUUGACUUCGCUAAACACGAGCUUCUCUUCAAGCUCUCCCCUCGUCACUGCUCGUUUUCCACUUUCAAUGAUAUCCAUCGUCGGUUUAAACAACCUAAGCUGCUCGAAUCCCGUCUCCAUUGCUUCUCUUAAAAUACGCCAACCGUAAACUAGCAAUCAAUAGCACCAAGUUGAAGCCAAAGCGCAAGCUCAGCUCCGGCCCAGUCAGCAAAUUGCCCGAGUAGGUGGCACACAUAUAUCCCAUCACGCACUAGACUACAGUAUCCCAGGGGCUUCCGACUCUUCAGUAGUGUACUUGUGCCAAGGACCACCCUACCCUCUGCAAACCUCAUUUGAUCAUCACCACUUUUUUCCUCUUUCUUUCUUUCUCUCCAUCUCUGCCUGGCUUCAAUGCUACAUUAGCCGGUUGUCUAUUGCCUUGCUCCCGCCUUUUCAAUCUACAUCUUACUUUUGUCCCGUAUACUCUUCCUCGACACUUCUCAAAUACCCCCGUCCGAACUUCUCAAGACAUUGAUCGCGCUUGAGCUUACAUACCCCACGACACCACCUCCAGGCCGUUGCCAAACUUGCGCCUAAAGGUCACCCGAACCACCUCUCUCUCCAACUACGAACCGUCCCCGAAACACCACACAGACACAUUCGCCAUGGCUGAUCUCGUGGGUCGCAAGAUCUUCAAGGUCUUCAAUCAGGACUUUAUUGUCGACGAGCGCUACACCGUCACCAAGGAGCUCGGUCAGGGAGCUUAUGGCAUUGUCUGCGCCGCCGUAAACACCCAGACGAACGAGGGAGUCGCCAUCAAAAAGGUCACCAAUGUCUUCAGCAAAAAGAUCCUAGCCAAGCGCGCCUUGCGCGAGAUCAAGCUCCUCCAACACUUCAGGGGCCACCGUAACAUUACCUGCCUCUACGAUAUGGACAUUCCCCGGCCAGAGAUGUUCAACGAGACCUAUCUCUACGAGGAGUUGAUGGAGUGCGAUCUUGCUGCUAUCAUUAGGUCCGGUCAGCCACUUACAGACGCCCACUUCCAGUCCUUCAUCUACCAGAUUCUUUGCGGUCUCAAGUACAUCCACUCGGCAAACGUUCUGCACCGUGAUCUCAAGCCCGGUAACCUGCUGGUUAAUGCCGACUGCGAGCUCAAGAUCUGCGACUUUGGUCUUGCGCGUGGUUUCUCCGUCGACCCCGAGGAGAACGCAGGUUACAUGACGGAGUACGUUGCCACGAGAUGGUAUCGUGCUCCUGAAAUCAUGUUGUCCUUCCAGAACUAUACCAAAGCCAUUGAUGUAUGGUCCGUUGGCUGUAUCCUUGCCGAGCUUCUCGGUGGCCGCCCAUUCUUCAAGGGCAGAGAUUACGUCGAUCAGCUGAACCAGAUCCUGCACAUCCUCGGCACACCGAAUGAGGAGACCCUCUCCCGUAUCGGCUCUCCUAGAGCUCAGGAAUACGUCCGCAACCUGCCUCCCAUGCCCAAGAAGUCCUUCCAGCAGCUCUUCCCCCAGGCCAACCCCGACGCCCUCGAUCUCCUCGACCGCAUGCUCGCCUUCGACCCUACCAGCCGUAUCAGCGUUGAGGAUGCUCUCAAGCACCCCUACCUUGCCAUCUGGCACGAUGCCAGCGACGAGCCCGACUGCCCUACCCCCUUCAACUUCGACUUUGAGGUUGUCGAUGAUGUCGGCGAGAUGCGCAAGAUGAUUCUCGAUGAAGUCUUCAGGUUCAGACAGCUUGUGCGCACCGUGCCCGGUGGUCAAGGACAGGGCGGUGCUCAACCCCAGGCUCCCGCUCAGGUGCCCAUGCCUACUGAUGUGCACAGCCAACAAUGGACUGCUGAAGAUCCUAGGCCACAUGAGUAUGGCGCGUACAACGGUGGCCUGGAGGCCGAGCUUGGUGGCAUGUAAGCAAUGACGGAAGGAUGAAACCUUUCUAUAUACGAUAAUGAGAACGAAACGCUGGUUCGGCAAGCAUCUGAUGCUCAAACACAUCUUGGGUUGAUGCCUUGGCUGCAAAAAACAGAAAAGACGACGACAUAGUAUUAUCGUGUUGGAAACCCCCCGAGAAGGGAACGGCUCGCCAUUGAGGCGGUCUUCAAUGACAGAGUGGGACAGCAGUUCUGGUCGGGCUGUCAACAGUCAGCCCUAGGAAGGCACUUGGAAAAGCAGGCGUCAGAGGCAGACCGGGAGUUCUUUUCGAUGUCUGGCCAGAUACCAGAGGGUGGUGAGUGGCUCACCGGAGAGACUCUUUCUGUAUCUCAUUCUAUUCUCCUAGUCAGGAGGGAGGACUAUGACUAAGUGGAAAGUUGAAGCGAUCUUCAGCGAGGACUUUGGAGCGAGAUGUUUACGUUGUCAUUUAUAGUCAUAAUUCUAUUGGAUACGCUGAAUGUUGACACUGCAAUAAAGCUCUUGAUCGUGGUGGCGUCGUCCAGAAGAGUCCAUGGUCACGCAAUAAGCCUGGCAUUUGGAAUGGCUUUUACUGAUUCUCCUAAGGUAUCUAUCUCGAGGUAUCUAGUCCCAACCCCUUAUUUUAUGUGACCGUAUGUAUACUUUUGUGAGCCCAGAUUAGUACAAAAAGCCAAAAAAGAAUGUUUGAACGCCGACGCCAUGCAGGGCUUGAUAUCAAGAAAAAACCAUGAUACCUAACCGAACCAAACCGAACCAACACAUCCGGGAUCCUUUACCCUCUCCAUUUUUUUCCCCCUUCCCCGUCCUUCCUGCUUUGUGGUAUAACAACACAUCCCAUCCGUUCUUUACAUCUUUCUUAUGCUCCAUCCAUCCACACAGCUCAUCCGUAUCUUUCCAUUCCCUUUCCCUUCCAACCAUCAUGACCUUCUUCUGGUCAAACUGCAGCCUCAAGGGCCUUGUCCGAAGCUCGCUCAGCUUCCUAAGCCUCAGCACCACCAAUCAUCAAACUCUCCACCAUACCAUUCGUGAUAAUCGCCAUCUGCGCCUUCUCCACCUCCCUGCUCACCUUACCCGUCAUCACAGCAAACUGAUCCGCCAACUCGGAGCUGCCGCCCACGUACUCGCUGUAGAUAUCAAACAGCUGGAACGCCACGUCCACGCACACGGUCGCGUACCGCGGAUCCGAGAUGUACUUGAUGACCCACUUCAACAAAGGCAGGACAGUAACUUCGUCGCGGCCUUCCAGGGCUUCGCGGAGGGCAGACCGGUGGCGCAGCGCCACCAACACGGACAGGGCCGUCACGGGCUGGUAUUCCGGAGAGGACAGGUCGAGCACGGCAUCCAGACAGGCGGCGUACCGGCCCUCGCGAAAGUCGCGCUGCCACGGCUUGAGCUUGACGCGGCGCUUGCGGCCUCCGGCGGAGUUGGGCGCGUCGGUGGGGAUGAUCACGUCGACGUUUUCGCCGAGCAAGGCCAUGGAUUUGUUGGAGGCGGCGUUGCGCUUGCGCUUGGCUUUGGCGGAGUCGAUCUUGGCGAGCUUGGAAGAGGCACCUGAAACCAUGAGCGCGUCUUCGGCGGCGCGGGCGCGGGCUUUCUCCGCCGUGGCGCCUGACAAACGGGUGCGCAAGGACAAAACGCCGGAUUGCAUGCCGACUGCUAGGUGGCGGUCUUCGUGGCCUGAGCCAGCGGCGACGACGGAGAGAGAGAGGA